CGUUGGAGACUCGGGUCAUAACAUAAAUAUCCCUUGUGAAUGUCACUAUAGCCCAGGAAAACACAACGAGACGUCUUGGAAUCUAGCUUGCUACGUUCCUUACGGGAAGAAGCACGAAACAAGUGCACCCAAAGACUCGGAGACGCGAGUAAUCCGAAUGCUUUUUGAACAAGGCAUAAUGAGGACUAAGCUGACCUAGAAGCGGAGUAAUUUGGUAGUUAAUUAACCGAACGGCUGUAGCUACAGCCUCAUGCCAAAAUCGAGUCGGAACACAAGAAGCAAGGAGCAUAGCUCGAGUAAGUUCAACUACGUGACGAUUCUUACGCUCUACGAGACCAUUUUGUUGGGAGACACCGGGACAAGAUUUCUGAGUUAAAAUCCCCUGAGACCUAAACAAACUGGCUAACAGAUUGGAGCUAAAUCCCCCCCCAGGAUCAGAACGAAUGAUACGCACAGUUUGACCGAAUUGAGUUUGAAUCAUUUUCAAAAAAUCAGUAGCAACAGAGAGAAGGUCUGAUUUGAGACGAAGAAAGUAGACCCAGGUAAAACGAGUGGCAUGAUCUACGAAUAAGGCAAAAUACUUGUAACCAUGACGAGAAUCAGUGGGAGAAGGCCCCCAGAGAUCAGUGUGAACGAUGUGAAAAGGAUCAAGUACAACUGUUUUACUGGAAGGGAAAGAUCGACGAGUGGUUUUAGCUUCCAUGCAGCUUGUGCACUGAAAUUUACCAGAAGCAAAAUCAACCUUUUUAUUUCCAAAAAGCUGCUGUUUAAACAUGGUUACAAGCCGACUCGAAUGGGGGUGACCUAAACGCAAAUGCCAUAAUUCAAACUCAUUAUUCGUCAAACUAGAAAAAAACAGGAGACGAAACCAAAGUUUGAGACUCAAGAGAUGACUCCGACCCAGAGGAAAGAAAGCCCGACGAUGAUUGAGGUUGACCCGACAAUGCUUCCAGUUGAAAUACCCGACCAAGUUUACUCCCCCUUCCGAUCUUCCUCCCCGUCUUCAUGUUCUGAACAACACAACCCGAGGGUUCGAACACAACACGACAAUUUUGCUCAGUUAAUUGACCAACCAAAACAAGAUUAGGAACAAGUUUCGGUACGCAUAGAGUAUUAGAUAGAUUACUUCGUGGUGCUACUAUAUCUCCCAUAUCACUAACAGCAAGUUUGUCCCCAUUAGCAACUUGAAUAGCACAAGAUUUAGCAGGUUUAAGCUUCGUAAAUUGAUGCGUACUACCGGUCAUAUGAUUAAAACAUGCCGAGUCCAAAAGCCAUGGAAGGGGUGACGUACCAGUGUUAUGCAGCGAGGCAAAGGCGCUUGUGAUAGCUGUCAGUAACGACCUUUGCAACACGGAAUGGACCAGCUGUUCCACAGCUUCGGCAGUCAUAUAUGGACUCGGAAUGGCCUCAGCAACGGGAACUGGUUGGGCAGCAAAGGCACCACCAGUCGGUGUAGCAGCAGCGGCACGAGAUGGACCAGACGAGCGGGGCUGAAUGAGGCGGCAAUCGGUGAUAAUAUGCCCCUUCUUUUUUGCAAUAUAUGCAGAAAUUGCGUUGUCGACAAAACUUUUGAUAAUGGCCAGCAGUGCGACAAUGAUGACAUAUAAUUUCAGACAUGGGACGUUGAAAUUGAGGGCGGCUUAUUGCAAAAGCUUCAUCACCACCAGAUGGAGCUGAAGUGGAACGCUAAUAACACAAAAACUCCUCCUUUCUUUGGUUAACUACAAAAAGGUCACUUUUUGUGAUGUGACUCUACGAAACAGUGUUUUUAGAAAUCUUCCUAAUCAGCUUGAUAAAGCGGGGUGAGUUUCUAACAAAAUCCACACGUGACCCAAUCUCUUGAUCACAAAAGCGUGCACAACGCGUCCACGACACAAAAUUCGUCAACAUUGGAUUCAACUCGAUAGAGAGGAGCAAAUUUGUAACAAAAUCCACACUCGACCCAACUCAUUAAUUACAAAAGUGAAUAAAAAUUUAUCCCCAACCCAAAAAUGCAGCAACACCUGUACCAGGUCGAAUUAGCUUAAACAAACAUUAAUUUGGGCUCCAUUAAAUUGUCAUUAGAUGUGAGUUCGGUUUAGGUACAAUCCCAAAGCGACCAAAAUUUUGUGAAAACUGGAUUCAACUUCCUACGUCCGGAUUUAGGUAACCAGUUCGUGGAGCGAGAGCGUGAAAGCGUCUAUCAUUUAAAAAAAUUAAAUCGAAAGCGUGAAGAGAGCGUCAUUAUUAAAUCAUGUUAAUUGUUUUUUAUAUUUAUAUAAUGCAUUAUAUAUAAACAAUUUGAAAUAUGUUUACUAAUUCUAAAAUAGUAUACAUACCAUACAAAUAAUAUGAAGUUUUUAGCUUUAAUUUUCCUAAUAACAUAACUCUAAUACUUGAUAAAAAAAAUUCCAAGAAAAAGUAGAACACUCGCUUUUUCUUUUAGAAAAAUUAAGUAUUUCAAUUUUUUUUUUACUUUCCCCUUAUCCUUGCCAUUCACCCACCGUCAAACUCACCAGUCAUCACUUCCCCUCUCUCUCCUCCUCUCUCUAGUCUCUCUCCCCUCUUCUCUGAUGUAAAACCAGAACAAUCUAAAUCUAUCUCUUCUCCUUCCUUCAUCAGUUGAGCCAUGCAGCCGCUAGAUAAUCUUUUUUCUAUCUCAAAGUUACUUCUCAUAACAGAUCAACUUCUAAUUGGAAAACACUAGUUUGUAGGGGAAGAAGCACUGCAUCGACGGCCAUCGAUUUUGUAGCAUGAGGAGAUAAUGCGGUCGGUGGCAAGGAGGACAAGUGUUUCCUUUUGCUUUGUAUUAACUAAGUUCAUCGACAACAACUUGUAUAAGGAAAACGAAGGACUGAAUCAACGAUUGUUGAUUUGGCAGCGGCGACGAUGGAACGACCAGCUCGAAGAAGACUUUUCCUUUUUAUCUUCUAUUAAAGCUCAAUUCGUCAGGCGAGUCGCGAACUUCCUAAUAUAAUCCGCGGUCUGAUAAAGUGCAAUACGCGAA